GCGGAGAAGUCCUCGGACCUUCGAGCAAUCCAGGAGAAAUUAAGGAAACAUGGCUCUUAGAGGUGCUGUCACCCGUCUACUCUAUAGCAGUCACAAAUGUGCUGCUGUUACAGUGUCCAGGGCCCAGGGCACAGCUGCUGCUGCUCCACAGGAUGCUGAAGAAACCAAAAAGCCAGCAAAGACACCAAAGGUGCCAUUUAACUGGCGGGACGCUCUGGAUCUGGAGGGUCAGCUGACAGAAGAGGAGAUCAUGAUCCGAGAUUCCUUCCGUGACUACUGCCAGGAGAAACUCAUGCCCCGCAUUCUCAUGGCCAACAGACAUGAACACUUCCACCGUGAGAUUGUCUCAGAGAUGGGAGAGUUGGGUGUUCUUGGUCCAACUAUUAAAGGUUAUGGCUGUGCUGGCACCAGUUAUGUGGCUUAUGGCUUGAUUGCAAGAGAGGUUGAGAGAGUGGACAGUGGGUAUCGGUCCGUCAUGAGUGUCCAGUCUUCACUGGUCAUGCACCCCAUCAAUGCUUAUGGCACAGAGGCCCAGAAAGAGAAAUACCUCCCUCGGUUAGCUCGUGGUGAAAUCCUUGGCUGUUUUGGCUUAACAGAGCCCAACCAUGGUAGUGACCCCAGCAGUAUGGAGACCAAGGCAAAGUAUAACCCGUCCAGUGGCACCUUCAGCCUCAGCGGAGCAAAAACCUGGAUCACAAAUUCCCCAGUGGCAGACAUUGCAGUGGUGUGGGCCAAGUGUGAAGAUGGCAGAGUGCGUGGCUUCAUCUUGGAGCGUGGAAUGAAGGGGUUUGCUACCCCCAAGAUUGAAGGCAAGUUCUCACUGAGAGCGUCAGCCACUGGAAUGAUCCUGAUGGAUGAAGUGGAGGUUCCUCAGGAGAAUCUUCUCCCCAAUGUCUCUGGUCUAGCUGGUCCUUUUGGCUGUUUGAACAACGCCCGCUAUGGUAUUGCAUGGGGAGCUCUGGGGGCAGCUGAGUUCUGCUUUCAUGCUGCCAGACAGUACACUCUGGACAGAAUCCAGUUUGGGGUGCCACUAGCCAGGAACCAGCUGAUGCAGAAGAAAAUGGCAGAUAUGCUGACAGAGAUCACCCUUGGGCUGCAAUCGUGUUUGGCCCUGGGAAGACUUAUAGAUGAGAAGAAAGCAGCACCAGAGAUGAUAUCCCUGCUAAAGAGGAACAGCUGUGGGAAAGCUUUGGAUAUUGCCAGACAAGCAAGGGACAUGCUGGGAGGAAAUGGCAUCGCAGAUGAGUACCACAUUAUACGUCAUGUCAUGAACUUGGAAGCCGUCAACACAUAUGAGGGAACUCAUGACAUCCAUGCCCUGAUCCUUGGCAGAGCCAUCACUGGAUUGCAGUCUUUCACAGUUGAAAAGUAAAGGACUCUCAACCUCUUCUACAAAUGGAAUUGAGAUGUAUUUUUAUUUACUCUCUUUAUUCGCCCCCUGAGAAAUUGUGUAAAAACAUGAGCUGGACAGGUUUGAGGCCUUACCUGAUGGGACAAAUAACAAUUACCUCAUGACAUUCUUUUUAAAACUGAUUUGAGCUCUCUAUUACUGCUUCUGUUUGUAGAAGCAAUGAGCCAAUCUGUGAUGUUGUUUGUACAGUUUAGAUGCCUGAAAUUAGUUGUUUUUUAUUAGCAAGGUGCGUGCAAAUGCUAUAUUAUGAGAUUUACUUUGUGAAAAUUUAAAGUGUAAAUAAAUUGUUACUAAUUGA